UUGUUCUCAGCGAGAAUUUUUCCAAUGAGAGCAUAAGUGUGUGAUUUUUUGAAUUGUACUCUGUGAAAAUGUCUACAAAUUCACAGAUAAAGUGUCUUUUGUUGCUUAUAAUUGUGGAAAAAGUGAUGGGGCAACGGUGAGAAUGUCUCCGUUCGUGCACUGGAUGGAAAAUUGGGUGAAACACACAUACAUACUGUUAUAGCUUUGGUGAAAGAUAAAGUAUAUACGAGGGCUCCGCGGGUUCCAGCCAGUGAGGACUUUUCUUUCAAUUGCAUAGUUGGAGUGAAAUUUAGGAAUACCAUUACUACAUUCAUGCACAUCCUACACCUCAAGUAUCGACGCAGCGCCAUUUGUGACAAAUUCACGCAAGAAAGUUACGAUGGUUGUGGUGGCAAAGAUUACUGGGAAAAAAUGAGGGCUCCAUCUUGGUGUGGUUUUCAUUGAAUCGUGUGGGAUUCUAUGUAAUAUUAUUUACAAGUGAAAUUUGUCAGUGUGAAAUUCCCCAUUUUGCAAUUCGAGCCCAAAAAUGUGUUGAUGAACUGAUGGAGAAGACAAGAGCUUUUCAUUAUUUUACAUCCAGUCUAAUGGACAUUUUCCCCAAGUCGUCCUUCUUGUUCUCUCGCACUCGAAAAGUCUACAAAGCUGCUGACUGUACGUGUGUGCGUGCGAAAAGCUCCAACCAAUUGUCUGAAGAGCAAUAAAUUUUUCGAAGACGAGAUACGUAGAUAAACAUGGAGCUUUUCGCUGGAGGUAACUGUUGGUUACCAAGCAAUACACUUGCAGUGACCACCAGAGCGAUUGGCGUGGUGGCAGAUUAUGUAUAAAUACAAGUGUCAGGUGUCGACCAGGCAUCUCUCAGUAAAAUCUGUGUCCAAGAUAUGGUGAGGAGGAGAAAGAAACACGAAAAAUGAUGGAAUAGCGAAGAAUUUGCCUGAUUUCAUACCUCCAUCGAUUCUGGACCAUGGAUUUUUGUAUUGCAUCACAUAUUGAAAUGUUAUGUGUCUACUUGGUCGUAUUGUUGCUGAUGCACACGAACGCAGUAUCAACGAGUGGAAGUUCGACUGGAGAAAGGAAUCGCACUUAAAUAAUUUGAAUAUAUAAAUGACAAGGAAAGCUCAGUUCUUACUUGGUGUAAAAUUUAGUUAAAAAAAAAUGUGCAAAAAGUACAGAAAUUAUGAGGAAAAGGACUCUGUUCAUGAACACUGAUAAGUGGAAUUAACCUAUGAAAAAUGAUUGCGUGGCAAUUUGAAGUGUCUUUUAAAGUGCACUACUCUCACGACAUGAAUAAACUAUGAUCACAUUGGAUUUCCGAAAAGGGAUUCUUGCUGAUUCAGUGAGUGGCGUGGAAGAAAAGUAAUAAAGCGAUAAAUCAUCGAGAUGGCUGACAUGCCAGAUCUAUCGCACUUGACCGCUGAGGAGCGUGCCAUCAUUGAGUCAGUCAUGAUGCGCCAGAAGCAGGAGGAGGAGAGAGAAAAUGAAAUUAUGAAGCGAAAGCAAGACGAAGUGGCUGUUUUGGAGGAUACAAUACGACAUCGAGCAGAACAGCAGAAGAAAGCAGGCAUCGAACUCGAUGCCACCUGUCACAUUUGCUUGAAGACAAAAUUUGCAGAUGGCAUAGGUCAUAUUUGUCACUACUGCAGCAUCAGAUGUUGUGCAAGAUGUGGCGGAAAAGUCACUCUCCGGAGCACAAAGACCAUAUGGGUGUGCAUCCUGUGCCGGAAGAAGCAGGAACUUCUGUCCAAGACUGGUCAGUGGAUCCACAAGAACACUGUGGCGGAUGGACUGUUGCGGAAUCGUAUGGAAUCGGACAUGGCACACAUGGGUAUCGACACUCGAGAUCCUUCCGAUAAGCGCCCAAAGCUGGAGAGAGCGAGAAGUGCCGCGGAGAAGGAGAAUCUUCCGCUGCAGCGAUCGGGAAGUAUGCUCAGGCGGCAGUAUUCGCAACAGGAACAGCCCACACACAGGAUGGCAGAGGGUCCAGGGGAUAUUAUGAAUCCCCCGCGACGAAUGCAGCCCCAAUAUCCGGGCUCACAGAUGUAUCCAGGGCAGCAACCGUACGAAUUGCAGCAGCAACCAAUUGGAUCAAUGAUGGCCCACCAUUCGCAGCAGCAGUCCAUGCAACAACCUAUGCUGCAGUCGCAACAGCCCAUGCAGAUGCAAUCACAGCAGGGUAUUUAUUCUGAAGAUGAUCCUCGUUUUUAUCAGGGUGAACUGGACGGCUUAAUGAGGCAACAUCCUCAUCUAGUGCACCCAAAGCAACAGCAACGCUUUGUAGCUCAACAGCCACAACUGCCUCAUCAGCAACAGAGUCUGAUGGAUGUACCUAAGAAGCACAAGAGGGCGCUCGGCGGCCCUUAUCUGACUCAGCAGCGCUCCUUCAGCAGUUCCGAGGAAGAUCUCCGAUCAACGCCGGAGUUUGAAGAAAUAUACGAUAGACGCGAUAAACCUAGUGUCUUGGUGACUUCACCGGGUUCACCUGAUCUCCAUAGUCUCAAUCGUGCCACAGCGACAAGAUACGCAAAUCGUCUCACCCCCGCUGGACCACUUCCCUUCGACCCUAACGUCGGCGGUCGGAUUCAAGUGAAGUUGGGCUUCGAAGGACCGAGUCUCCAGCUGAUCGUCACAAUUAUCUGUGCAGCUGGACUCACCUUGAGGAACAACGGUGUUGCUCGCAAUCCUUAUGUUAAGAUAUUUUUACUACCUGGUUCCGAUAAAUCAAAACGACGAACAAAAACUCUUGCUAGUACGUGUGAUCCACGUUGGGGCCAAACCUUCGUAUUUUCCGGUCUUAGGAGAGCCGAUUUGCAUAAUAGAUUAUUGGAGAUUACAAUUUGGGACUACAUACGAUAUGGUGCCAAUGAUUUUUUAGGAGAAGUCAUCCUCGAACUAGGAAAUCAUCCACUCGACGACGAGGCGGAAUGGUAUAUUUUGCAGCCACAUCAGGAUUCACCAAAUCACACUUUACGUAAAGGUGAUCCAAAUGAAAUGGAUAGCAUAUUAACUCCCACUGAUCAUUUGUCACCACCAAGUACGACGUCUCGAUUAAGCGAUUCGGAUACAUCUGAAUGCGAUAUUGAUGGCAUAACAGCUGGCCGGGAUGGUGCUAGUUUGUCAUCUUUAGGGAGUUCAUCAAGUCCCCCACCUGAGAUCGACUUGCACGAGGUCCGACGUUCGAGGCGUGACAUGUCACCACAGGGUCGGAAACGGGUUGCUGGCAUGGUUUCUCGGGACUACCGAACUGUUUCUGGGGUAGGUCAGGCGUAUCACAAUCAACAGGCAACAUAUACGAGGCGAAACGGAUCAGUUGCGAUGAGUCAGCGUAGCCAUUCUGCUGCUCCCAGUGAAAACUAUCGCAGUGGCAGUCCGCGUCGCGGAUCGCUCUCGCCCCCCGACGACAGAUAUGACUAUCCCGUUCUUCCAACACAUUCUUAUGCUCCACGAUUUCAAUCUAGAUCGGCAACGGCCACACCAACAGGCUCACCGAAGAAGCGUCAACUUCCACAGGUGCCGCAGGGGUCGCGGAACGCUGCGAUCAGGGAGAGACUUGCACAAGACUUUGAGGAUCGUCCAGGAGGAGGGAGAUUCGCACGGCAUCGAGUGCGUCAUGGUCAACACCACCAGCAGACGUACAGGAGCACUGGAAUGGGGGGCUGGGAGCGCCACUACACGGGCCUGUCGGACAGCGACCUGGCCAUGCACUCCAUGGAACCUCGUCUGCGGCCCAGACACUCCCUGUCGCCAGACAAAGACUUUAUGGGUGAUUUCGGCGAUUCGGACAUGGAGUCUGUAGUCAGUGUGACAUCGAGUGCAUUCUCCACACAAUCGGAAAGGCCGCGAGGAUCACGCGGAUUGAGUGGUCGUAAGAGUGGAAAAAAGAAACGAGGCACUCCAUUGAAUUCGCAUACGGCUUCUGUUAGUUCACUUCCCAGAGAGUUUAGAUACCAUUCUCCGAGAUUUCCUGUUGCAAAUUGUAUUGCAAGCCAAACUACACCUAUUGUGACAGAUUUGUGCAAUUCGAAUCCAAUUAAUCUUCCCUUAGCACAAUAUAUGAUUCCAGGAAUAGCAAACUUUCAUAACAUUGUACCGCUAGCGCCACACAACAGUAGUUCAAAUUUAAAUCAGCCUCGUCAAGUCAUAUUAAAAUCAUUCCAUUCGGACCAGAAUCUUCCGACCAUGUAUUGGAAAGAAAAAUCUCUGGCUGAUAAUUGGCUUUGCAAUAAAGUAUGCAGUUCUGAAUGCAAUUUGUAUAAUCAGGCAUUUUUAAGGCGAAUGUCGGGAUUCUCAAUGCCCUUUUUAGCAGACUUUUCCAAGUAUCCGGAUCCUCCUAAUGAGAAACCACCUUUUGCGGAAAUGCCUUUUCUCAGUAGGUCGCAUUCACUCAUUUCUGACGAUAAUAUUAUUGAGAUUGAAUACGAUUCGGAUACAGGAUGGAAAAGAAAGCGUGUACAUAGGAAUGCCUUUGGCAAGGUCUCAAAGGGAAAUCCAUCUAAAGAUAAGGUGGAUAAUAUCCAAGGAGCAUCAGAUCUUGCAAAUUUUGAUAAAGAACACGACAAGGAGUCAAAGGAUGCUGACAAUGUUGAUCAGUUUAGUGACAAUGAAAGUGUUUCUAAAGAGAUUGACAUGAAUUUUAAAGAAUAUGAACCUACCAUGGAACCUGCGAAGUCUCCUUUGCCCAGUGAUCCAAGCAUUCUCAUGAGCACUGAUUCUAUUAAAACUAUCAUUGACGAAGUGAGAACUGAGCUUCUUGAGAAGCCUCAAAUAACUCAGUUUUUAAGCGAUGACAGCUCGAAAGGAGCUUCAGGAAGUGAUGAUUACAGUUUCAGUAAAGUCGAUAAAAGUGCUCUUAAGAAAUACUGUAGUGAGAAGGCCAUAGGUUUUGAAAAUCAAAACUCUUUAGAUGACGAAGAGCAGACUAAAAAGACUCAUCGGAGGAUCAAGGCAAAUGAGGUGGACAGUGAUGCUAAAAGUCAAGUUCCGCCUACUCAUAAGAGAAAUUCGUCUUACAAUUCAUCUUACAAUAAAAAGACCACAACUAUGUCCUCGUACUUUGCGAAGCGUCGCUCUAGUAGCUUGGAUGAGUUGUCCACUCUUCAGAAGAUUGUAGAUACAAUGAUAAAGGGCACUAAUGAGCGUAGUUCAGUUAGUAUUAAUGAGACUCCAGAGUAUUUCCACUACCAAACAUUUCCAGUAGACAAUACGCGAGUUGGUAGACGUAAUAAAACUUGUGCUUCUCAUCUCUCUUCCACCCCAACCCGAACAUCUCAAUCACGAAAACAUGCGUCGUCGAAAAUGUCACCGCGCAGCGGAGAGUACGAUUUAAGAGAACGACGAAGAGAGGGUAAUGGAAAUGGACGCAGUGCCUUCCGGCAACGAGAUCUCGAUCGUGAUGCUAGCGAUCGGGAGCAAAGAGGUGAUUCUCAGCAGAGCUCGUUCAAUCGCAGCACGUCGACGGCAGAAGGCACAAUUGAAGACAAAAUCGAUGGAAGCUUGAGCGACACUGCUGUGGGUCUCCAGGGCUCACUGGAUACCUCAAGACGAAAACCGGAACAACGAUCCCCGAAAAGCGAAACUCCAACGCGCGAUCGUGAGCGCUUUGGAGGGGGAAUGGGAAAGAAGAGCAAUUCCACAUCUCAACUGUCUGCAACUGGUCGGAAGAGACGGUUGGGGUUUGGCAAGAAGGGUAAGAAUUCCUUUACGGUGCAUCGGAGCGAAGAAGUGCUGCCUGGUGAGAUGCGUGGUGGUCUCUCGAGAGGCUCGUCGGCCUCCAGUGACGGCGAGGGAAGUGGCGAUGGCGACAGGUGGUCUCCGUCAAUGCGAACUACGGAUGGAGGACAACUGUCGGACUUCAUUGAGGGCCUCGGGCCGGGACAACUCGUGGGGCGUCAAGUUUUAGGCGCUUCAUCUCUCGGGGACAUACAACUCUCACUGUGCCAUCAAAAGGGCUACCUCGAAGUAGAAGUGAUUAGAGCGAGAGGACUUCAGGCUCGUCCUGGGUCCAAAGUACUGCCCGCACCGUACGUUAAAGUGUACUUAGUGUCGGGGAAGAAAUGUAUCGCAAAAGCUAAGACAACGACUGCUAGAAAGACACUCGAUCCGCUCUAUCAGCAGCAACUCUCAUUUCGAGAACCAUUUGCAGGAUGUAUUCUGCAAGUCACUGUUUGGGGCGAUUAUGGUCGGAUCGAGGGCAAAAAAGUGUUCAUGGGGGUGGCUCAAAUAAUGUUAGAUGAAUUGAAUUUGUCCAAUAUUGUCAUCGGGUGGUACAAAUUGUUUGGCACCACAUCACUGUAAUUGGAACUUCACAACUAUAGACCAAUCGCUGAUAGUGAUUAAUUUUAUGUUAAAUAUAUUUACAUCCUUAAGAUUGAUCUUGUACAUAACUAGGAAUAGGAUUAAUGCAAAAGAUAACACUAAAACUUAUCUAAUUUGAGAGAUAAAGAAAUGAUGAAACCAAGAAAAAGCCUUCCACUACUUACAUUUUAUAUAUAAAUAUUCAUGUUUAUGUGGAAACAAUGUGCACUGUAAAAAUGAUAUGUGAAAGAUAAAAAAAAAUUAGGCAGAGAUAUAGAGACAUAUGUAUUGCUUAAGUAUUUUUCCUUCUUAAAUACACAUGAAAGCGCUUCAUAUACAAGGGUGAUGACAAGAUCAUAACAAAAGAAAGAGAGGCAACUUUAUUUUUUAUGCUUAUACCACUAGAUUUGCAGAUUACUAUACAUAUACAUAUAUAUGUACUCCAAUUGAUUGAAGCAGGAAGGGAAAGAGGAGCGUUGAAAGCUGUAAAAUUAUAAAUUUAUUCAAGAGCAAAGAUGAAAUACACGGAGAUGAAAUAAUUUGCCUUAAGCUUUAUAGAAAGGAAAAAAAAAGAAAUUGUUUUUUAGAUAUGUUUAAUGUCAGACAAAGAGAUGGAUAAUAAAAAAAAGAAUAUUAUAGUAAUCGCUUUUACUGUUGCGUAUCAGAGGUUUAACGUAAAAAGGUUUAAGAAAUUUGAUGUGAACAUUGAGAGCCCACACAUUUUCUUGCUAUGCAAAUUAUAUGUAUGUUGGUAUAAUUUGUUCGAUCAAGUUAUUUUGACAUGAAUUACACGAAAUGAAUGGGAAUUUCUUCUGUCCUUUUUACAAUUUGUUCCAUAUUAAUUGCACACACAUUACAUACUGUUAGAUGUCGAUAAGAAAUGGACACAUGAAAGGCCAAACCAUAUCUAACAUGAAAUAGGAUAUUACAUAUACUAUUAGAUAAGGAAAUCAUAAAAUACCAUAAUUAUGAAAUUGUCUAGAAUAAAGUAUUAUGCUAUAAUAGGCAUAUGGAAAUAUACUGAGAGACUACUUGGGAAUUGACAGAAUCAGUAAAUAUAAUAUUAUUAAAGUUUUAUUGAGAUGAAUAAUGAAAAAUUUAAAAUAAUAAUUGAACUUAUUACAUAAUUGCUACGAUAUUCACAUGUAAGAGAAUAAAGUUACAUCGCAUAGAAGAUAAUUCGUCUACAACUCUCGGUAUUUUGUAUCUUUGAAUGAAUUGAUAAACAUUUAUUCCCCAUUACAUACAAAGUGUUUUGGGUUAUCUUUCCAAAAUAAAGACCGAAGCCUCAUAAAAAUACAUUUUAUCUCCUUCCAUAAUUCAUAAUCUUUAUACACUUUUCAAAAAAAAUUCUCUCUGCUAAUCUUUCGGUACAAAUAUAAGUUUUCGUUCGAUAAGCAUUUUGCCAUACCACUCAGAGGGCUCAUAGAGGAUAGGCUUAACAGAGAACAAAACCAAAAUGUUCAGGUUUCUAUACAGGGAAAUAUGUGUAAUGAGAAAAAGCAAAAAAAAGCCUACGAUAAGCUCAUAGAAAUAUAAGAAAUUUUCCGAUUAUUUAUCUUCACUUGAGUUAUGUAAUUUAAAUGACACAAAUACAAAAUUUUUAUUGUUGAUGGAGUUUCAUGAAAUGUUUAAAGGUAUUUUUAUUUCUAAAGUAUUUCUUCGUUCCUUAAUACAUAAUACAAAUACAACGGAAAAAGUUUCACGAAUUCAUUUUAAAUCCGUAACACGCAAUCAAAGUUCUUACCAAUGAUAUUGACUUGAUUUCCGACAUCAUCUCGUUAUCAGUUAUAAAAUGAAAUCUCAAUUCGCAUACUUAUUAAAUCAAGUUUCUUAUUAGAUCAAGUUAAAAUCACCGCCCUUCAAUGUUUCAUAAUAAUGUUCAUAUACAUCAAACAUAUGGUGUACUUUUCUAAGGUUUAAAUCUUUGGAACAAGUAAAUUGAAAACACUGCGUUGCACUCACACAAAACCAGUAUCAGUUCAAAGGAGUUUGACACUUAGAAAACGAAAGGUUGAAAGAGGUUACUAACGAAAAAAUAGAACUACAAAAAACAAACAUAUAAUAUCAUAACAUUUUGGGCAUCGGCAUAAGUUAGAAUUUUAUUCUUUCAUUUUUACUCUUGUUGAAAUCUUUCCAUCCUGCUAUGCUUCAUUGGUCAAAUAGUGCUUAAUGACAUCUAGCAUGGUAGCCAAGUUGAUGAACUACCCUAAAUAGAAUUUCUGUUAAAGACAUGAAAAAAUCAACAUUUUUGGUCUAUAGAUAUCAAUUCCACUAAAAGAGUCUUCUUUUAUCAUUAGGAUAUGUACAUAUUAUCAUUAAACGCCAACGAAAUUCUUGCAAGAAAUCUUGAGACAUGCGCUCUUAAUCUAACUGUUCGAAAAGUUCAUCAUAAAUUUAUCUUGUCAAUACAUAGACAAAAUGUGAACCAGUCGGUUUUAAGUACAUCGACUUAAUCACAUUGUAGUUUGUAAAAAAAAAAAACUGCUGUAAGUUAAAACAAAAGAAACGCAGUUUCGCAUUUCCUCAAACGUUACGUGGCAGCCAUUGCAGGGAGAAAUAACGAUACACAUGACCAUUUAAAAUAAUAAUGGGAGGUAAAAGAAUAAAUAUUUUUUCUAAUAAAUUGUUCUUUUUACAAACGUCAGAAAAGAUACAUAAUUUUUUGUAUUGUAGAAUUCUUUUAAUUGUAGUUCAAUUCAGACCGUGAAAUCAAAACUGAUGCUUUUUCACGUCCGUUUCAAUCGUUUUGGAAUUAUUGUCUUUUGUUCCAAUGUCAAAAAAGUGAUCAACAUCGACUUACAAUGUAAAUAGAGAAGUAUGAUAAAGAAUUUGUGGCGAUCUUUGUAGCGGUACUUUCUUAUGUCACCCAAAAGAAGUACAUUACAUAUUUAGAUAAUAAUAAAGUCUAUGAAUUUUUUUUUAAUAAGUACGAAUGAAAUGAUAAAAUUUUCAUAACCUUGAGAAAUCUUGCGUGAUAUUAGCGCCAAUGCUCUAAUAUAAUAAGGAGAAAUAUUUCUGUACAUAGUAUAAUAUUUGGUUGGAUGAAAGGAUGAGGUUAAAUAAAUCGGAGAAAUGAAACUUCAUGAUAAAUAUAGAUUAUUUCAUUAAAUGUGUGCCGCACGAUUGCCAUGGCCUAUUUGUCACAAAAUGUUGCAUUUCAUGAUGAGAAGGAAACUAUAGUGAAAUUUGUUGGCAAAUCGAACCAGAAUAGUUCAGAGAGAGAGAGAGAGUGAGAGAGAGAGAGGGAGAGAGAGAGAAAGAGGAAGAAAGAGAGACAUUUACAUACAUUUUAUCGCAAAUUGUGAACUUAAAAAGUUUUCUAACUUAAGAGUGAAAUAUUAAAAAGAAAAAACAACAAGAACAAAUUCUAUAGGAUGUAAAAAGAAUGACACCUAUAAAAAUUAUGUUAAAAUAAUAGUUUUUUAUGUAAUUUUUAAGACGAUACAAUUGAAAGUAAAAUUGGUAAUAGAAGGAAAACACUUAAGAGCAAAUGUUGAUGUAAGUCAAAAAUUAUGGAUUUGUAAUAUAAUAAAUAAAAACCAUAAAGAAGUAUUUUUUAAAUCAUACCUUGCCUUAUAGUAUACAGAAAGAAUACAUUUUGCAACACGGAAGAUAUAAAGAAUAUGCGAAAGUAAAAUUAUAUCAUUAUCGUGUAACUAAAUAUUUUUGUGGUCCCGACACGCAUCCCAAAAUCAUAAAGGGGCCAGACUAUCAUUUGAAAGAUGUCUUUUCAGAAAAUGAUCUUUCGAUAUUGAUCAUACAAAUAUAUUGUGAAGGUAAUUAAAAAAUAUACAUACAAAAAUAUGUACAUACAAACAUGCUACAAAUCAAAUUUUCCGCGCUCCUAUUGUUUAAAUAAUUAUUCCGAUAUUGAGUAUAUUUAAAAGCAAAUGUGUAACGAAUGUAAUGUUACAAUUCGAGACGUAUUCUUAUUUCAGAAAAUGUGUUAAGAAUUUUGAUCAGUUUUGAUGGAAAAUGCGUUUACUGAAAAUAUGCUUACAGUAGAGAUCUACAAGAGUUUCGUAUGUUUGUGUGUAUAUACGUAUGUUACUUAUAUAAAAAAAAGGAUAAAACAAAGAGAAAAAAAAUAUAACACUGGUCCAAAAACAUAACAUCGUAAAGCGUAGAAAAUCGGGAUCAUUUGCGCCAAAAUUAUGCAAAAAUCAUGACACACAAAUGGAGAAAAAUGAUAAUUAUCCUACAUAAUACCUACUUACAUACAUACAUACACAAAAAAUUGUUAAAAGAAAAAAAUAUUUCUAAAUAGAUACAAAAAUGGAUAAGAUCUUCAUGUUUUAAUAAGAAAAGAAUAAAAUUAUAAGUAAAACUUGAAAACUCCCUCAUUAUCAGAGAAGAAUCAUUUAACACAAAGUGAAAUAUCACAUAAUUUUAUCUUGACAUAAUAAAUCCUAGUGAUUAUACACAUUUAUUAAACUGAAUAAGGUGGAAAAUUUGUGUGUAAUCAAAUUUAUUUUAUAACAAAAAAAAAUGAAACAAUGCAAUGUUAAAUAAAUCACUACAAAUAUUUGUAAUACAUAUACAUAUGUACAUACAUAAAUGAAAGAUAUCUUCAUGGACUUGCAUACAGAAGAGUUGUAUUAAAUUACGAAAUAUUCACGCAUAAUAUUUUAUUAUUCUAUGAUUUUUUUUUAAAACAAUAGAACAUCUUGGAAGGAGAUCAUACUUUUCUAAAUUUCAAUUUGUGUAAUGUGUUAUGAAAAUUGCUGAAGGAAUGAAAUAAUUAUAGGUGAAAAUAAAAGAUUAAUUGUAUCUCUCUCGGCUUCUGAAAUGUCGAGAAAUGACAAUAAACUGUGAAGAAAGAUCAUAAAAAUUAAAUCAUCCAGUACUCUUUCAGCGUUUGUGAUUACUAUCCUUAAAAGUAUGCAUUUUAAUUGUAUACAUUAUAACAUACAGUAUGCAGAAUUGAAAUUCGAGAAAAUUGGAAAAAAUCCAUCAUUAAAUUCGAAGGUGAAAAUCAUUGA